AUGAAGUUCUUAACUACAAACUUUGUCAAGUGUGCAAUCAAGACAUGUGAUUCCAGUAUUGAUGCAUUCCCAUUGCAAUACACCGAAUGUGAGUUGGUGCAACAAGAACAAGAUUACAACCCUGAAUUCAUCGUUCAUAUGUUGGAAAGAAUACAAUGGGAUGCUCUAAUAAGUGUUGCUAGAGACUUGGGAAAUGAUGGAUUGCCUGCGAACAAGCCUGAGGGAUUAGAUGCUAUUAUAGAAGAUGAUCAAGCUAUCUUGAAAGAUUUACAUACUUUGUUGUUGGAAACACAUAUUGUUAAUGGUAAGAUGACUUGCAAACACUGUAAUCAUGUUUAUCAUAUCAAGAACUCCAUUCCGAACUUCCUUUUACCUCCGCAUUUGGCUUAG